GAUAACACAGGAAAAUGCUAUCAGCAUGAUUUCUUCCUGAUGUUAUCCUUGACUACCUGGUAAGAACUGUGUUUCAGAAAAAAGAAACUGCAGUUUUAGCAUGCAGAAAGGAAAAGGGAGAACAAGCCGGAACAGAAGACGAAAACUCUGCAGAAGUUCUGAAUCAAGAGGAGUGAAUGAGAGCCACAAGUCUGAAUUUAUAGAGCUGAGGAAGUGGCUGAAAGCUAGGAAGUUUCAAGAUUCAAACUUAGCGCCUGCUUGUUUUCCAGGUACAGGAAGAGGGCUGAUGAGUCAAACAUCCCUGCAGGAGGGACAGAUGAUUAUUUCAUUGCCUGAGAGUUGCCUGCUUACCACGGACACAGUGAUUCGAAGCUACUUAGGGGCAUACAUUACUAAGUGGAAGCCUCCUCCAUCUCCUCUGCUGGCGCUGUGCACCUUUUUAGUUUCAGAAAAGCAUGCUGGGGACCGAUCUCUUUGGAAGCCUUACCUGGAGAUUUUACCCAAGGCCUAUACCUGCCCUGUUUGUUUGGAGCCAGAAGUGGUGAACCUUCUUCCCAAAUCUUUAAAAGCAAAGGCUGAAGAGCAGAGAGCCCACGUGCAGGAGUUCUUUGCUUCCUCCAGAGACUUUUUCUCUUCUCUGCAGCCUCUGUUUGCGGAGGCUGUUGACAGCAUCUUCAGCUACAGUGCCCUGCUGUGGGCUUGGUGCACCGUCAACACCAGAGCCGUGUACCUGAGGCCCAGGCAGUGGGAAUGCCUUUCUGCAGAGCCGGACACCUGUGCGCUCGCUCCGUACCUGGACCUGCUGAAUCAUAGCCCACAUGUCCAGGUAAAAGCAGCAUUUAAUGAAGAAACUCACUCUUAUGAAAUUAGAACGACUUCGCGUUGGAGAAAGCAUGAAGAGGUAUUCAUCUGUUACGGCCCUCACGAUAAUCAGCGGCUGUUCUUGGAAUAUGGAUUUGUUUCCGUCCAUAAUCCUCAUGCUUGUGUUUAUGUCUCAAGAGAAAUACUUGUUAAAUAUCUUCCAUCAACAGAUAAACAGAUGGACAAAAAGAUUUCUAUUUUAAAGGAUCAUGGUUAUAUAGAAAAUUUGACAUUCGGAUGGGAUGGACCAUCUUGGAGGCUACUCACAGCCCUUAAGUUGUUAUGUCUGGAAGCUGAAAAAUUUACAUGCUGGAAAAAAGUACUUCUUGGGGAGGUAAUUUCAGAUACGAAUGAGAAGACAAGUUUGGACAUAGCCCAGAAAAUAUGCUAUUAUUUCAUAGAAGAGACUAAUGCUGUGCUUCAAAAGGUGUCUCAUAUGAAGGAUGAAAAAGAGGCCCUGAUAAACCAACUAAGUUUGGUGGAAUCCUUGUGGACGGAAGAGCUAAAGAUUCUCAGGGCAUCUGCCGAGACCCUGCACAGUUUGCAAACAGCUUUUACCUGAUUUCACCGAAGCGCGUUUGGUCACCUCCUCUGAAACAGAAGUUAAUUUGAAGAGCAUCAUCGUGGGCUGGUGUGGUGGCUGCCCCCAGGACACGCAGGAUUUCUGCAGGGGGCAGCACAGGUUCUGGGAUUGUGAGGCUGUGAGUGAAGGUGGACAAGCUGUCUGGAUGGCAUGUCUAAUACUCUUUUGAAUAAAGUGCUGAACUGUGAGAAGAGAGGUGGACUGUGAGGCAGCCAAGAGCCAGCUGCGUCCGUGUGUGGUCUGUCACUACGGGGCCUGCUUCUUAUCUGACACAGCAGCUAUCAGAGUCUAGUGGUUGUGCUUUUAAGAUGCUCUGAUACCAUUGGGUUAAGGGGCAGAUUGGCGGUGGGUGUGGGGCAGUGUGAGGUAGUCCUAGGUCCCCAUCAGGGUGGCCUAGCCGCCAGCCCUUCCCUGUGUGGCUGCACUGAGGUGGGUGUUGAAGAGCCCCCUAGGGGACACACGGCUUCUGGGAGGAGGGAAUGUCCUCUAAGCAUGCUCCUGGCCUCUCAAGGUGGCGCUUGUCUAAUUAUUCACCUGGGAAGAAUGACUGGCUCAGCCAGCGGCUCUUUCCGCUUUGUUCUGGCGACUUUCCUGGGCAGGCCUUUCCACCUGGGGAGCUGGCUCGUCCUGCACAGCUGGGCCGUGGUGGGCCUGUCUGCUUGAUUCUGGGGUUCAGUGUAGGUCAGCUGAUGGCAAACCACGGUGGUGGUUUGGCCUCUGUUCUUAUUCUUGAGUUUUGAUACUGCUCAGACCCUGGGUAGGGAGAAGGGGACGCUUCCUGCACAGCUCUCAGUGGCCUGUGGCCUUGGGACUGCCUGCAUAAGUAACGGAGGGGCUGCUGGUCCUGUUCAGGCCCGUGCCGGGGACGCCACUUAGACAAUGUUGCCCAGAGUCCUGUUUACUCUCCCAUGGUUCAUUCUUCCCAAGAACUCAAAUUCCUUUCUCAUUGGAGCCUAGCGAAACCAAAUGAAUGUGGCCUGCUGGCCUGAGGAGGCAGGCAGAGUUUAAAAUAAAACUUUCUCAUGAUUUCUUGAACGUCUUUCCCUGUUUGUAUAUACAGUUUGUGUUUAUUUUUCAAUAGUUGCAGUAUAUUUUUUUUCAAUAUUCAGUAUAAUGCAGUGUAUUUCAUCAUAUGCUGUAUGGAGAGUGGGCAGACUUCUGUGGAGGGCCCGAUAGUAACCAUUUGAAGCUUUCUGGACCUGUGGUCUUAGUCCCAGCGAUUCUGCAGAGCGGCCAUCGGCAGCAUGUCAACCAUUUGCAAGGCUGGGCUCCAGGGAAACUAUUGACAACGACAGGUGGCGGGCCGUAGUUUCCUGACUGCUGUGCUAUGCCAGAAUUUUUUUUUCCUCUUCCCUAUGAGUGGACCUAAAUAUGUUAAUUACAUGACACCUUUCAAAACGGCAGCCCCUUGAGCAUUAAACACUUCGCAGACCC